GUAUGGCAGAGAACUUCAAUAUCAACCUCCCACCCCUCAUGUCCUGCCCCAUGUUUGUGACCAUUGCCCGUUUGGACGACCGAUGCCAUCAGCACUAUGUGAUGACGGUAGAUGGAUCCAUUCCCUACGAACGCAUCGAAUGGAUGUAUCCCUUCGUUCGAGCCGAGUAUGGCAUGGCCUUGACCCAAUCGGACGUGGCACAUUUCCCGAUGCCCUUCGUGGCCUUUGGCUGGGGCGGCUCUUUGGAAGGGGCUCCAGGGCUCUUUCACCACUUCUUCCGCGAGAUCCGUGGCUUUUAUCUCAUCACCAACGUGCGCCACUUGCCCAAAAGCCUGCAGUCUCAGUUGAGAUCCAUCGUUUUGGACUUGCACGCGGGCGGCCGCGCGGGAAACCAGAGCCACCGCCCUUCGCCCUACGAGAACCUGGCCUCGCUGGCCGACCGCUGCGCUAUGGCGCGCCGGGCCUUCCGCCAGCACGUGGCGCGCACGGCGCGGUGCCACGACGGCGGCAGGGGCGCGACGGCCAUGUGGGCGGAGGAAGCGCUGCGCGGCGAGCGUUUCGAACGGACGACGACGGCGGCGACCCGUCGGGUCAAGCGCGAGGGUGCCGGACACCUUGGCCGGUGUCGUGACGGGACGUGCAUUACGUCUCGUGAAGGGCGGCGCGGCGUACGAAGAAAGGUUGUCCUUACUCAGCACAGUUUGGAUGCUUCGGACCGUUUGGUGCUGCUCUUCGGCCAUUUUGCCGCUUCAAACCUCGCGGUUUCGGGUUGUGACAGAGUGGGUGGUGCAGACCAUGUCACCAUGGGCGGCUGCGAAAGCUGUGCCACGGGCCGCCGGAAGGAGGUUGAGCGCUUAAUUGAUGAAGCAAAGCGGCAUGGCGACUCCCGGAACCUACGCGAUGCCAUCCAAAGAGCAGAGGCCGAGGGAAUGGAUGUCCUCGCCGCCAGGCGGCUUUAUUCGGAGCUGGCGAAGCAAGAGCGGCAGAGCCCCGAACGGGCGCAGGAGAUGCUCCGCUGGGCGGCCUCGACGCAAGAUGGUGUGAUCCUGAGGCAAGUCAUCGAGGAGGUGGAGACCUUGUGCCCCGAUUCGGUGGCGCUACAACCGGCACGCAAGCGCUUGGCCGAGUACCAGGAGGAGAUGAAGCGGCGCAUCAGUCGGACGCAGGACCUGCAGAAGCUCUCCUUCUUUCUGGACCGAGCCAGGCAGAUGGGCAUCCCUUCGGCGGAGCUGGCUGAGCACUUUCACCGGAUCGAGGUGUCGCUGCCCGAGUUCCGGCGCCUCACGGGGCACACGGCGGUGGGCGGCGCCUGCUUGUCCCAGGGGCUGCUGCCCGGCUGCGAGGAGCGCACGAUCUCGCAAUGGUCUCCCUUUGCCCUGGGCAAUCCCAAAGUGGAGACAGUGAAGGACCUCAUCUCCUUGCGUUGCAAGGGCGCCAUCGGCGCGCCCUGGUUCGAAGACCGGGAGCGGCCCAUCGCCGGGGUCGACCUGGCCGAGCCAGGCGGCUCCUAUCAGUCCUAUUCCAUGCUGAGAGACCACAGGUUGAAGCACGCCCGUUGCCCCAACAGUCCUGGAGUGAUGUUUGACCAGAUGAAGGGACCCCCGAUUACCUCCUACGACUACGGCUUCUACCCAGCAGACAUCCGGCCACCAAGGUAUCCCAUCUCCUCCACGUGGAUCUCACGGAGUGCUUCGGAGCUGCAGAAGACGUUGAAGACCUCCAAGGGCCGCUGA